AAAGUCAUAAAAUUUUUAUGGUAUUAGAGACAAUAAACUUAAACAAGCACAGCAGGAAGAAUGGAACGAGCAAGGGAGCCGUUACAAAGGAAAAUUUCCCGUUACUACUACGACUAUAUUAAGCGAUGUGAUGUGAGGUUGACACUAAGAUUUGUGAAGAUGACGGCGAUUGGGUCAACAAGUAGUUUCCAGAAAAAGGGGAGGCCUAAAGCCCCUUCAAUACCUGGGACACGCACAUCCAUUCACAAUGCCCAACUCUUAGUUUCUACUGGAAUACCCUCCUUGGAUUAUUUACUGGGUGGUGGACUGCCAGUAGGCUCAGUUCUUCUUCUAGAGCAAGAUACUUAUGAUGUAUACAGCAAGUUAUUUCUGAAGUAUUUUCUAGCCGAAGGUGUAGUAAAUAAACAUUUGCUAACUGUGGCUAGUUUGGAUAUUAAUCCUACAAGUAUCACAGAGAACCUACCAGCACCUACAGAUACUACUCCCUUAUCCGAUGUUUCUGAAUCAUCAUCUGAUAAAGAAAUGACAAUUGCUUGGAGGUACCAGAAUAAAAAGUCACCCAUGUCUUCAUUAGACUACAGCAGGUUUGGACAUGAUUAUGAUCUAACAAAAGUGAUCUCUAAUGAAAUUAUUUCUGCUGUUGAUAUAGAGCUGUGGGAUGCAAGUUGUAUUCAAGUAACCAAUCCAGGAUCUUUUGGUAAGGAAUUCUGGUCGUUGCUGAAGUUUAUCCAAAAACGAAUUGAGGUUUCCCACCUUUCCACUCAGUCCAGUACUCCAAAAACAAAUGUGAUGCGUCUUGGAUUGCAUUCCUUAGGGUCACCUCUUUGGGGAAGUGAGUUUGGGAAAAGCGAGAAAGAACAUCGGUGGCAAAAUUUAACAGGAUUUUUCUAUUUGCUUAGAGCCUUAGUAAGAAACUCAUUUAGUGUGUGUAUGAUAUCUGUUCCUUCACAUCUCUUUGUUGAUCCUGCUUUGAUAUUUAGAAUAAGAGCUAUGUGUGAUUAUGCAGUAAGGUUGGAAUCAUUUCAAGGUUCAGAUAAAGAAACUAACCCAGUUUUCAAAGAUUAUCAUGGACUCUUUCAUAUUGAAAAACUAGCCACCAUUAAUAGUUUAGUCCCAACCAUUCUAGAUUCUACAGACUGGGUGUUCAAGUUAAAGAGACGUAAACUAACAAUUGAGAGACUUCAUCUACCUCCAGAGUUGUCAGAAACUGUAAACAGAAGCCAGGAGGAUCCUGUUGGGAAGACCAGCAGUCCUGCAUGCAUGGGAGGUGCACUUCCUAGAAAUUUAGAUUUUUAGGACAUUUUAUGUAAGAUUUAGAUUAAUCAGUGUUAUGUAUUUCACAACAAAUCAAUUAAAUUUUAAACCACUGUUAUUCCUUUACAUGUAAGUUGCAGAAAUUGUAAUAUUUUUCUUGUUAUAUGUCAUCUAAUACUGGAAUAAGAAACAACACUUUAUGUUUGCAAUUAUUUUUAAAUGGGAGACAAGUAUAAUUUUAAAAGCUGAACAGCAUUUUCUGUAGUAAGGAACAAUUGAAAAAGCAACAGUGACUAAUUACUGUAUUUAGUAGUCAAUUUAUGUUUCUUGAUAAUUCGUGGAAUACCUUAUAGUUUUUGAAAAAUAUUUACUAUGUAACUACCUAGUAGACCCAACUAUGACUACAGUACUGUGAGGAAGAUGACCUGCAAUGUGAUACAGGUCAUAGCCUUCAGUAGCAUAUUAAAUUGCAUAAACUAGUAAGUAGUAUGAGCAUUUUUGCCCAUGCAUACAUUAUAUCAUUUAGGCAUGUAAAGGUGGAGUGAUUUUAAGUCCAUAUGAAAUAUUUCUUGUUUUAUGCUUAAUAUAAUUGGUGAACAGCCAUAUAGAUGAAGUACUUACCAUAGAUACAACUGGGUCAUUUAUAAUGCAAGUGAGUAAUCCAUGAUGAAACGUUCCAUGUUCACCUACCAAUAGCAAGUUACUCUACUCUUCUUGUGUACAUUCAUCUUUGGAAGCAAACAUCUGUUAUGUCUUUUUUUCAUCAUAACUGAAUUUGAAUGUUCAACAGUUAUGACUGGUGUGAAUAGAAAGUAAUUUCCUAACUGUAAUGUAUUUCUUCUUAUUUAUCAAAAUUUACAAUUUUUCCAUUCUUCAUCUUAGUAAUUAAUGUUUUUGUUUGUUUAAAAAGAAUAUUGUAAAUUGUGAUGUUUGCUGCUUUGAUAAGAUUGUUCCCUUUUCAUAAAAGUUUUCCAGCAGU